AUGACUUCUCCCAAUCGCCAACGCCGGCGAUCCAUCUCCGACCACCGCAGCACGCCGGGGAGAGUGCCCCCUUCUCCCGGAUACGCCUCCUCCAAGCUCAACAGCUCCACGGAUUCCGCCCGCCGGAACCCUGUCGCCGCUGCCUGGUCCUUGACCGGAAUGUUCGCCUUGUGCUUCUCGCCGCCGGUGUCAGACAAUUCCAAAAGCCUCGGGGAUUCAGAGGAGUUCAAGUCUUCUUCCUCGGUAUCGAAUAUUUCAAGAGCUGGUAGUCAGAGAGGGCGUGGCCCAAAUGGAGGUAUGAGCAUAGGUUCAUACAACGUAAUACAAGGGAAAGAACCUGGCAUUGUAAAGUUCACCAUGGAGGAAAUCUACCAAGUCACAAGAAAUUUCUCCCCUUCUUUCAAGAUUGGCCAAGGUGGUUUUGGUGCUGUGUACAAGGCAAAACUCCUAGAUGGAAAUGUUGUUGCAGUAAAGCGUGCUAAGAAGAGUGUAUAUGAGAAACAUUUGGGGGUGGAGUUUCAGAGUGAGAUCCAAACACUAUCCCGGGUGGAACAUUUGAACUUGGUCAAGUUCUAUGGAUAUUUGGAGCAAGGGGAUGAAAAGAUCAUUGUCGUUGAGUAUGUUCCAAAUGGAACCCUUAGAGAACAUUUAGAUUGCACUCAUGGAAGCGUUCUGGACCUUGCUGCACGUAUAGAUAUCGCAAUUGAUGUUUCUCAUGCUAUCACCUAUCUUCAUAUGUACAUAGAUCAUCCUAUCAUUCAUAGAGACAUAAAAUCUUCAAACAUUCUUCUCACUGAACAUUUUCGAGCUAAGGUUGCAGACUUUGGUUUUGCUAGACAUGCCCCAGACAGUGACUCUGGCAUGACACAUGUUUCCACCCAAGUCAAAGGAACUGCUGGAUACUUGGAUCCUGAAUACCUGAAAACUUAUCAACUAACUGAAAAGAGUGACGUGUAUUCAUUUGGAGUUUUACUGGUUGAACUUGUCACAGGAAGACGCCCCAUUGAACCAAAAUUUGAACUCAGGGAGCGAAUAACGGCAAAAUGGGCUAUGAAAAGGUUCAUUGAGGGAGAUGCUAUCACGGUCUUGGAUCCAAGACUGGAUCAGACUGCUGCAAACACUUUGGCAUUACAGAAGAUUCUUGAGCUAGCUUUACAGUGCUUGGCUCCACGUAGACAAAACAGGCCUACUAUGAAGAGAUGUGCUGAGGUCCUUUGGACCAUCCGCAAGGACUUCAGAGAGGAGUUAUCAGCUUCAAACUUCCGCUCAUUUUCCACUACUUCCCAAAGGAGCAGCUCACUGAGAGAGUGA